UAAACAGUUCAAACCAAACUUUUCCAAUUCGCAUGACCAGAAAUUCGAAGAAAGUUCAUCUAUUCUCAGUUCACCUCAAAUCCCAAAGCCAUUAUCUUUAACUUCUACUUAUGAUAAUGGGGUCUAAAAGAAAAUACAAAAACCUCGUUAAACAGUUAGAACUAAUCAUUAGGUAUGUUUUUUGGGAUUUUAAGGUUGUGGGUUCUGCUCCAUUUGGCUAAUGGAAGCUUAGGUUGCUGGGAGGGUGAAAGAAUUGCUCUAUUAAAACUGAAAGAUUCAUUCAACUAUCCAAAUGGGACAGCUCUUUCUUCUUGGGGUGAUAAAGAAGAAAAAGAUUGUUGUAAAUGGGAAAAAGUUUCAUGCAGUGAAUCAACAAAGAGGGUGACUAAACUUUUUCUUAACCGCACAAGACCAUUAGAGCUGCGGAGAAUUGUUGAUUUCUCAUUGGAAACCUCUCUAUUUCUUCCCUUUGAGGAGCUGCAGGAGUUAAGAUUGGAUUCUAAUGGAAUUACAGGCUUUAAUGGAGUGCAGAAGUUAAACAAAUUAAAGAUGUUGGAUCUGAGUUUUAAUCAGCUUACAGAAAUUCUAUCCCUCAGUGGCCUAGAAUCUUUAAAAAUUUGAGCUUUAGGUUCAAUUAUUUGAAAAAUUUGUCGACAUUACAAGAGUUGACGACAUCGAGGGGCCUGGAGAUGCUUGACUUGGGUUAUAAUGAUAUUUCUGGUGAGAUGCCUCUAUCUAUUGGGGCCUUGACUUCUUUAAAGAGCUUAUCGUUAAGAAACAUAAAGUAAAUGGCUCUUUUCCAGAGGAAGGUCUGCUCUCUUUGCUCUAGAUACUCAAUUUAGUUUACAUUGUUAUUCCAAUAUAUGAGCUCUGAAGAUUAUUUACAAUGGCCGGAUCUUUAACCAAUGAACAUGCAUCAUAAGUUGCAUUAGUUAUUCAUAUGUUUUUUCUUAAAAAAAAAUUGUAUCAGUGCUCUAACAGUGUGCGGUUAGAGGCGACUUGUUUGUCAAUUUUCUCCCGGGGCUGGGCUAUUAAAAUGGAUUUGCAGGAGAUAUUGGCGGAUAGUCAUGCAGUUAGGACUUCAAAAAUUUAUUUGUUUGAAUCUUAAAUUGGGUGAGAUUGGCAAACUAUAGGAGUUAUCUUUGUUCUUCAUGUUCAAGUUUUCCCAAUAAUAUAGAGGUGAAGCUAUCACUUGUCAUGCCCCCUACCUGCCUUUAUUUUUAUGAAGAAAGAUUUCUUUGCUCUCAUCUUUGUGGUCAAUGACCAUGCAAAUUUUCACCUUUCAGGUUUAUGUAAAUUGCGAAGCCUUCAAGAGUUGGAUAUUAGCCGAAACAGCCUCAAGGGAUCUAUUCCUCCAUGUAUCAGCAAUUUAACAUCCCUCCGUCUCCUCGAACUUUCUGAAAAUAACCUUGGAGGAACCAUUCCUUCUGAUCUCCUUAGGCUCAAGUCCCUCGAAUACCUUUCUCUUUCUUUGAACCAUUUUGAAGGGUCCAUCUCCUUGAGCUCAUUUGCUAACAACUCCAAUCUUGAGGUUCUCGAACUUGAUAGCCUUAACAAUGAGUUGCAUGUAGACACAGAAAAUACACCCUGGAAACCUCUAUUUCAGCUAAAAGUCCUAAGAUUAUCGAACUGCAAAAUCAAUGAGCCGACUAGAUCUAUUCCGAGCUUUCUUUUGACGCAGCGUGAAUUAAGAGUUGUUAACCUCAGUUACAAUGCUAUGGUUGGAGAAGUUCCCACUUGGUUACUGAAUAACAACACAAGAUUGGAGUUCCUUAGUCUUGCAGAAAACUCAUUCACGGGUCAAUUUGUGUUACCUGCUGAUUUUAAAAAUCUUGAUUUGUUUUGGCUUGAUAUGUGGAAGAAUGAUAUUCAAGGCCCACUUCCAGCAUCUAUUGGCCAUAUUCUCCCAAAUUUGCAGUAUUUGAACAUGUCUAGAAACUCAUUUCAUGGUAGUAUUCCUCCUUCAAUCGGCAACAUGAGUAAGUUGUAUUCAUUGGAUCUGUCGAGCAACAAUUUCACUGGAGAAUUACCUGAACAUUUUGUUAUGGGCUGCAAGGAAUUGACUACACUGAAGCUUUCACAUAAUAAUCUGCAGGGCCAAUUAUUUCUCAGAAAAUGGAACCUCACAUCAGUCCGGUUCUUGUAUUUGGAUACAAGAUCUUUCUUCAUAGACUUUCUGGUCCGAUACCUUCAUGUUUGAAUGAUAUACCUUUUGGUCAGAAGAAAGCAAAUGAUCAAACCUUUAAGACUGAUGAGUGAUGAAUAUGGGUGGACAGCUUAUCGAUCCUUCAGGUCAUACGAAUAUCAAAGCAUACUUGGCGUAAACCACCAAUAUGUUGAAGCUGGAUUUUACUCAUCAGAUGUGGCAGAAGAAAUCGAAUUUAUUUCAAAGAGUAGGUCUGAAUCAUACACAGGAAACAUCUUGUAUUUCAUGUCAGGGAUCGAUCUUUCUAUGAAUAAGUUUGCAGGUCCAAUUCCUCCUGAACUUGGAUUCCUAAGUGAUAUUCAUACUCUAAAUUUAUCACAUAAUCAAAUGAAUGGAUCCAUUCCAAGGACAUUUUCCAACUUGAAGCAAAUACAAAGCUUGGACUUAUCCGACAAUAAGCUGAGUGGUGAAAUUCCUUCGGAUUUGGUUCAGUUAAACUUUCUAUCAGUCUUCUCAGUGGCAAACAACAAUUUAUCAGGACGUACACCGGAUAGGAAGGCUCAGUUUGCAACCUUUGAAGCGAGCAGCUACGAAGGCAAUCCUUUCCUUUGUGGAUUACUUCUCGAGGAAAACUGCAGAAGGAGCAAUGCAAUAUCAGAUCCAAAUCCAGGAGAAAAUGAUCUGUUCAAAGAUUCAUUUUUGGAAACUUUUGUUCCAUCAUGCAUUGUGGCAUUCCUAGGAGUUGUUGCUUUUAUUUACUUCAACCCCAGUUGCAGAAUGCUUUUUCAGUUUGUUGAAGCAAAACUCUUGUCUUCCAUAUAGAUUUGCCUAGUUAUUUACUGUACUUGAUGAAAAAAGUAACUGAGUGUGUGCAAGAUUAUAGAAAGAAAAUUAAAGCAUACUACUUUUUAUGACAUAUAUUUGGCAAUUUAACAGUAUCUUCUAGAA